AUGGGUCGAACUCGACCCGUUCGGCGAACAAUAAACACUAUCCAUAAGAUCGUUCGAAUUUUCGUUGUCAUCCAAAAACAUCUACGUCAAACUUCACUUCGAAGUACUGCAAACGGAAACUCUACGGUGAUGAGGCCGCUAGAGCGCUUUUUCUACGCUUACGGAAACUUUCUCGCCAGACAUCCAUGGCCUUUUAUCAUCAUCCCAACACUAUUGACGAUCUUCUCAUCCUAUGGUAUGGUAUUUUUCCAUUCACAGGAUGAUAUUUGGGAUAUUUACGCACCGCUCGAUGCUCUAUCACGUGUGGAGGAAAAAGCAUUGUUACCAUUUGAAUAUGCUUCCGCAUCGCAUCACUAUCGGAUGCAAAUACUUGUCACAAAAAAAGAUGGCGGUAAUGUGUUAACUAUGGAAGCAUUGGAUCAAAUGCAAGAAGUUCAAAAGUUUAUCACUGAGAAUAUUACUGCUUCGAAUGGAAUCACUGACUACCACUACCAUGACUUUUGUGGUGUAUACUGUGCUGACAGUAAUACUGCGGUCAUUGCUUUUUUACAGACUGCAUUAGCAUCACAAGGGAUGUCAUCGAUGAAGCUCACAUUCCCAAUCGCUCAAGCACUUCAGAAACGUGUUUUCCUCGGUUGGUCGCUUGGUGAUUUGACGUACUCACGUGAAAGGCCGGAUGAAGUGGAGCAGGCUCGACUGGUGAUACUGCACUACAUGGUGGACACAUCGCUGCCGAACGGAAAAGUGUUGGCGCAUGAUUUCGAGAUGAAGCUGAGACGAAUUUUUGCCUCAUUGACCGAGACUUCUCAUGAUUUAAACUAUGCCCUGCUGAGUAGAGCUAGAGAGAUGAAGGAACAGAGGGAUAUCACGAUCGUUGCAUUACCGUUUCUUGGUCUUACUGUUCUCAUACUUGUCGCUUUCAUGCUUGUCACUCUUGUUGAUGUUCCAUUCUAUAGAAGUCAAUAUAUGGAGUCGCUGGUUGGUGUGUUCUCACCGGCAAUGGCCCUGUGGACGACCGGUGGUUUCCUGUUCUGGCUCGGCUUCCCCUUCUCGAAUAUUCUUACCGUUGUACCGUUCCUGGUUAUAGUGAUCGGUAUCGAUGACGCAUUCCUUGUUUUGGCUGGAUGGAGACAAUCAACGAAAGGUGCAUCACUAGAGCAGAGAAUUGCCGAGUCAGUAGCGAUAUCUGGAGCUUCUGUCACUGUCACAUCUGUCACCGAUGUUCUCUGCUUUGCCAUCGGCCUUUUCUCCAACAUGCCUGUCGUACGACUUUUCUGCUUGUUCACCUCACUUGCUCUGUUUGUGGACUAUGUCUAUCAGAUGACAUUCUUCACAGCAGUGAUGAGUUUCAUCGUUCGGCGACAAAUUCGACUGGAUGUGAAAGCAAUAAAGAACAAGGAAACGAUUCCAUCGAUUGAAAAGUUGAAGGCAAAAGUAUGCGAGAAACCCGUGUUCUCUAUUAUGUUCACACCCACACCGGUACAAUCGAAACCACCGAAAAGUCGUCUGGAAAUUUUUAGCGAUUGCUUACACACAAAAACGGCUAAAGUUUUUGUAAUGCUGCUCUUCUUCUCGCAUAUUGGGAUUAGUGCAUUCUUCGCUAGCAAGGUGAGCACCCAUUUUGACAUGGAAAAUCUCUAUCUUCAAGGAUCACCACUUACAGAAAUUUCUCGUAGAAUGCAGGAUUUCGUGUUGCGAGAGGCAUUCGUUGUGAACUUUGCCGUUCAUCCAAUACCUGAUUUCCAAAAUGUAACUAUUCGGGAGAAAUUCGAAGAGAUGAUUGGACAUCUGGAACAAAUCCCAAAAUAUGCAGCGGGACCUGAAUCGACGAUUAUUUGGACGCGAGACUAUAAUACUGCCAUCGCCUUCUGGGGUGAAGAAGAAGACUUCUGGAUGCCAGAAACUAUGCUUAAAACCUAUCGUGAAUAUGGAUUUGAGGAGAAGUUCAUUACUACCAAGCACCUAAAAAAUGGUACUGAAGUGAUGGAUGGCUUCUAUUUCAUUAUCGCUUACCACAAUAUGAGCACAUUCCCGGAGGUUCAGGAUCUUAUGGAACAAAGGCGUGCCAUCAUCGCAUCCUAUCCGUUCAACGUGCUCUCUCAUCAUCCACUCGAGAAAGUUCCAACGGAAAGUGCAGCAAGUGUACCGAAAAAUUUCCUGCAAACUGCCGUGUCUGCGGUCGUUCUGAUGUCCCUCUUGGUGCUGCUGUUCGUGAUGAACUUCGAAGCGAUCAUUUCAGUGAUCAUAUCGAUUAUUUCCAUAUGUGUAGGAAUCAUCGCUUAUCUUCAUCUAUGGGGUGUGAAUCUGGACGCAGUAUCAUUGAUCAGUAUCCUGAUGAGUAUCGGAUUCUCCGUGGACUACUCAGCUCAUGUCUGUUACCAUUACUUUGCGCAUGCCGCUGAGGAGUGCAAAGAGGUCAUGAAGUCCGAGACCGGUACGGUGGAAUCAGGAAGCAGUUCAAGCAGCGAAUCAAUCAAUAAAUCAUCGAAAAAAUCGAUACGAGAGCAAUCUGUCAAACGAUUGGUGGCUACGUUGCACGGUGUUGGAUGGCCUGUAGCUCAGAGUGGAUUGAGUACUGUAAUGGGAAUGUUCCCAUUGAUGUUCGUGCGGGCAUACGUUGUAGCUGUAUUCUGGAAGACAGUAUUUUUAGUAGGAUUGUUGGGUAUGUUCCAUGCGUUGCUCAUAUUGCCAGUGAUAUUCAUAUUGACCGAAGAUCUCAAGCGAUUAUUAAAAUUAAGGUAA